AUGGCGGGUACACCGACGCGGAGAGCUCCCUAUAAGGACACUCUGCAGCCUGCGCUGCACCGACGCUUCUCCUCCACGGCCGGCCUGUUGUUGGCCGUGUCCUAUCUCGAAUCGAUCCUGCUGAGCAGCUGGGAGUCCUAUUUCUGGUCUUGGUUUCCGCUAGGCCCCGCGGGCUUUCGGGCGCUGCUCCUCUUCUUCUGCGGGCUCACCAUUCUCAUUCUUCGCAUUGCAAGCUAUCACGUGGGCGUCAAGACGACAAGCUCGGGCCUUUACACAUUUGUUUCUUCGCUGCUCAGUGCUCGGACGUACGAGACGGCGCUCUGGUACAGCAUCUCGAGCCUGAUCUACUGCGCCAUCUAUCUUGGAACGAGAGAUGCAGACGCGAACCUUCGUUGGAUCACAUACUAUAGCGGAGAUCGCGCCCGGCUAAACGAGCGACCCGUUUUCUUUGCCUGCUACAUGUUCACGUUCGCGCUGGUUCAGACCGUGGAGCACUACAGGCACGAUGUGGACCGUCUGGAUCUCGGCGCGCUGGAGAGGAAGCCAGCAAAGGAGCAAAAGAGCACGGGCAUCGUGUCUGGAUCCCUCCAAGCCGUCAUGGAAGAGCUUCCCAUGGCUCUGGCUGAAUGCUUCAAGAUUGCUCUCCUGGCCAUACCCGGGGCCAUAGUUCUAUACUUUUUCUUUCUGAGAUCGUUUGCCUGGUCCUGGGCGUUGGCGUUCCUGCGCCCGUUCUACAACAUGCCCAGGACCAACAUGCUUCCGUCGUCGUGGCCUACGGACAUUUAUCUUUUGGCGCGUUGUGUCAUGGCAGGAGCUGGCGUUGGAUUCUUGUGGACAGCGGGCAACAGGGCUUUCUCGAUUUUCAUGGUGAAGAAGCCGCUCAAGAACGGCCAUGCCCUGACGUCUGAGUCAAAAGAUCCCAACGGCAGUCUGUUGAACGGCCUGAAGAGCAAGAAGCUCUCCAUCAAGGCCUUUGCCAUGUGGGAGCUGGCCCUGAUUGCGCAAAAUGAUUCGGCCCGAAGGCAAAGUAUCUUCAACGACAUCGACCGCACGGGCGGACCCAUGUGGUCCCAGAUCUAUUCCAUUUGCAUGGAGACUCUCCAGAGCAUCGAGACCAACGUCGAUGCCUAUGGACAGCCGGCGGCGCACGAGGCUCCUGCGCCAGAACCGUUUGAAGAAAAGCAUCGCUGGUCGGUUCCUCUGAGAGAAGAUCCCAUCUUCACAAGCCGAUCCAGACAGACGCCGCUACAGGCCGGUAUCGAAAAGGCUCUCGAGAGACUGGCACGAAACCCUGGCUCAACUCCCGCUUCAGAGCUCAGCCCCAUUGCUCGCAAGACUUGGCAGAGCGCGAAAGACCGGGUGCUGAGCAGGGAACAGCAAGAGGCAGUCUCUCCCGACCAUCUGAAGGACCAAGCCCAACAGUUUGCCACCAGCCUGCUGUCGAUCGGGUGGGUUGGCGAUCUGAUCCGACAAGACUUUCGCACGCAGUUCGCGGCCGCGGUCCUGGGAGGCCCGUAUGCUGAGCCGACUCUGUACGCCAACGCGGCCAUCGCGCUCUGCCAAUUAGCAGUUAACAGCUUGGCGGAAGAUUCGUAUGGCAACGUUCACCGAGACGUGCCCACCAUCAUCCGGACUCUGACAUCCAUCAUCAAGAAGGUGGAGGCCCUGAAGGCACAGUUUCCUCUGCACUGGACCGACGUCAAGGGGGUAAAGGAGUGUCCCGAGGUGGACGAGCUGCUGGUGACACUCAAGGCGGGACUGGAGCAGGUCGUCUCCAAGUUUGAGCCCUACAGCACCGACCUGAGGCUCACGCGCACCGACCUGCGGAUUGCGAAGGAGGCCUUUGGGAAACCAGAAGUGGAGAAGCCCAGGGUGAGAAUGCUGCUGCCGAACCAGAAAGAAAUCGUCGCUGCCGACACGGGAACAGACGAAGACUGGGGGCUGGCAAGACCAGCACGGAGGGGCUUCCGACUGCCUGAGAUGGAGCAGGUUCGAUAG